AUGGCCGGCCAAAUGUAUGGUUUUAUUCCUUCCAAUUACAUCGAAUUUAAUUCUGCUGCACCUACUGCGCAAUCGCUGGCCCCAUUGCCGAUAUCUAGUUUUGCCCCUCCUCCAGUGCAUAAGGACCUUACGCCGCAACCGCAACUGCAACCGCAACUGCAACCGCAACAAAGCCAACCAGAAAAGGAAGAGAUUGUGGAUGAAUAUCCAGAGGAAGAAGAUGAAGCUCCUCCGCCUAUGCCUUCCAGACCAGGUAAUACAGGUUCUCAAGCUGUUGCGGCUGCUCCAAGACCAGCGCAACCUUCGAACAACUCUCCGCCUCAACCUGUACUUCAAGAUGUCGAUGGAAACCAUAAGGAACAUACAUUUGAUGGAGAAUAUUUCAAGUGGUUCAUAGACGAGGUGGACGGGCGGAAAAAGCGGUCUGUGGUGCUUUCUGUCGGAAACGGCUUGAUCAUCUUGAAACCCAACACGGACAAUCCCAAAAAGUUGAAAUUGCGCUCUGCCUCCUCACUUGAUAACAACUGGAGAAUAAGAGACUUGAUGCAAUACAACCAUGAGAAGAAGCACGUUUUCCUUGAGUUCCGCAACCCAACAGCCUCUAUCGAGUUACACGCCGGAACUAAAGAUGUGGCGGAAGCCAUUGUUACUAUCUUGGGCGACUUAAAGGGUGUUGAAGAAGCAAAGGGUUUGAAAGAAGUAGCUAGAGCUUCUCUGACCAAGGCAAGUGGAAACAACAAAAGGAUUGGCGUGUUGCUAUACGAUUUCCGUGCGCAGGGCGAUGACGAACUAUCUGUCAGAGAAGGCGAUGAGAUCUACAUUGUGGAUCUGAGCAAAUCUAAAGAGUGGUGGAUGUGCGAACGUGUAUCCGACGGAAAACAAGGUGUGGUUCCAUCGAGUUAUAUUGAGAUCACAGGAACCACGAACUUGGAUAAAUUGACUGCAGGGGUCACACGAAGGAAAUCUGAAAGAGCACCAACGUCGUCGAAAGGGAGAAUCAUCGAUGGCGACUCUUCAAGCAAAAAGAAACUGUACAAUUACAACAGAGAUGAACGCGAGCGCAUCAGAGAAUCUGACAGAAUCAAAAGAGACAAGAACAAGUCCAAAAAAGAUGAUAAGAGCAUGCCUAAUUACCACAGAGUGCGUACUUGGAUCGACAGUACCGGAUCAUUCAAAGUUGAGGCUGAGUUUUUGGGCUGUGUUGAAGGCAAAAUCCACUUGCACAAGUCAAAUGGUGUUAAGAUUGCGGUAGCUGCGACAAAGUUGUCUAUUGAAGACUUAGAGUACGUGGAAAAAGUGACCGGCACUUCCCUUGAAUCAUACAAGGAAGAGGUUGCCAGACAAUCACAAAGGAGAAGCCCUGUCAAAGGUUCAAGGUCCAGUGGCGUCGGAGCAACAUCCCCUGUACAAGAUAACAAGCACGAAAAUAGAUCGAGAUCAGCUACUGCUGUUAUCAAUGACGUUACACCAUCCCAACCAACUAGGCCUACAACAGGAAAAUUGUCUGUCAACGAGCCGGAUUAUGAUUGGUUUGACUUCUUUCUCCAAUGUGGAGUUGACAUUGGCAACUGCCAGCGCUACUCUAUCAACUUUGGCAAAGAACAGAUGGAUGAAAGUGUCCUCGAAGAUAUCACACCUUCGUUAUUGAGGUCUUUGGGUUUGCGUGAGGGUGAUAUUUUGAGGGUAAUGAAGUUCUUGGACAACAAGUUCAACCGCAAGAAACAAACAGCAGACGAGGCGCCAUCUGGUGGACUUUUCACGGAAGCCACUGGUGCGUUGAAGAACAACAGCACGACUCAAGUUUCGAAAGUUUCAGCGAGUGCUUUACCUACUCCAUCGACAUUGCCCGAGUCAUCUGCAUUGCCCAGUUCUGGGGCACAAGGUGCUGCUUCCGACAAAUCAACUACAGCAAGUAAGUUUGAGGACGAUGCAUGGGCAGUCAAACCUGCCGCUCGCUCCAGCGAAGAUAUCACCAACACGGCUCAAAACAGACCACAUUACACUGGUUCUUUGCAGGACCUUGUGGACAUCAAGCCUUUGGAAAGCACACAGCCUCAGACUCCAAAUGGCACCGAGAAGAGCGGCGGUGCUCCUACCGCUCCAACAUUGACACCAGUAAAAACGGGAACGUUGAUUCAACCCAACCAGCAAUUCACCGUGCAGAAAACUGGAAACGGAACCGCACCACUCAAUCCCGUCAGAACAGGGAAUGCGCCAAACUUGGUGCCCGUUCAAACAGGCGGCAUGAUGCCAGCUCAGCCCACUGGCUUUGUUGCCAUUGGCGCCCAGCCGACCGGGUUUGUUCCAAUUCAGGCUACAGGCGGAAUUGUGCCCCAGUUGACCAUUGGCAUUGUUCCGUUGCAGACAGGCAGUGCCACGUUUGCGCCACCACCUAUGGGCGGCCAAAAGACUGGGGAACCCAUGGCUGGUCCACCACCCACGACUUUUGGGCUUCCUGCGCAGACGACCAGCUCGUUUGUGCCGCUACAGCCCGGAAACGUCACCAUGCCGGCAACUUCCUUCAACCAAACGACUCACACUGGAGGGUUUUCCUCGAUGCCCAAUCUUGCGAGCCAGGUAACAGGAGGUGUCAUGCAGGGCCAAAUGACCGGAGGCCCUAUGAUGGGCCAAAUGACCGGAGGUCCUGUGAUGGGCCAGAUGACUGGAGGAGCAAUAAAAUCAACAUUUGUUCCCCAGUCAGCGUUCGGAAAGCAAAUCACAGGAGGAUUCAUGUCCCAGCCUUCGCAGACUGGCUUUGGUCAAAGCAUGCCUCCAACAAGUUUUGGUCAACAGACCGGAGGCAUGCCCUCUACAACCUUUGGCCAGCAGACGGGAGGAAACAUGCCUACUUCUUUUGGUCAGCAGACUGGUGGUAUGAUGCCCGCUACUAGCUUCGGCCAACAAACUGGAGGAAUGAUGCCCACCACUAGUUUCGGUCAACAAACUGGAGGUAUGAUGCCUACAACCAGUUUUGGCCAACAGACGGGGGGAAUGAUGCCCACAAGCUCGUUUGGCCAGCCAGGUAGCAUGCCUCCUACCAGUUUUGGCCAACCAGGCAACAAUCCCGGUUUCAACCAGCCAAUGAACCCGGCGUUUGGCCAAAACACAGGCAUGCCACCCACUAGUUUCGGCACCAACAAUUUUGCCCAGAGCCAGCCUAGUUAUGGCCAGCCAAACAAUUUCUCUCAACCAAAUUAUGGCCAACCCAACUACGGUCAACCCAAUGUUGGCCAAGUCACAAGCAUGUUUCAGAAUACGAGCAUCGGCUCGCCCUACGGCCAGCCCCAAAACUUUGGUGCGUCGCAGUUUGAAGGCUUUGGCAAUCAGCCUCUUCAAGCCCAGCCCACCGGAGCAGGGUUUGGAAACGGCCCUUCAUUGCAGCCUCAGCAAACAGGAAGAAGAGCAAACUUACAGGCUGCUUCUGCAGACAAUCCGUUUGGCUUUUAG